CCUAUACGUCAUUUGUUUGACAUUCUAUCAGGUGACACACGCACCGGGCCCAGCGCUUGUGAGUCGCGAACCUCCAAUACCAAAAAUGCAGCAGUCUGCGUCGUCGGUGUUUCGAUUGGCCUUCGGGGCGUUGGCUCAGCGUCAACAGAUGAGCCAGCAAGCCAUUCGCCUUUUUGGAGCGGCGGCAGAGCCGCUGCGCAAGGCGGGGCCAGUCCCCGACGGGCACCUGAACUCGGACCUCUCCCCAACGGUGUGCCACAUUGGCCUGGGCCGUCGCCGCGAUCUGACCCUGCGUCAAGACCUGUGCCUCUGGCAGAACGACAAGAAGCUGUCGCUCACGGACGUCUUCAAGGGCAAGAAGGUGAUCCUGGUGGGCUUCCCUGGCGGGCCGGUGUGCGUGGAGAAACACAUCCCCGGCUACAUCGCCCAGGCUGACAAGCUGGCGACCAUGGGUGUUGACAAGGUAUUGUGCGUGACUGUGGAUGCGCCGGCGGCGGUAGCUGAGCUGGCGGCCCGCCCCACGCUGCAGCACAAGCGGGUUGAGCUGCUCGCCGACAAGAACGGGGGGCUGGUGCGGCUGCUGGGUCUGGAGAUCGGCGCGCCCGAGGCCGGGCAGGGGCCCAAGUGCCAGCGCUACGCGGCGGUGGUGGAGGACGGUGUGCUGCUCAAGCUGCGCGUGGAGUCGGCGCCGGCUGACCUCAAGGUGACGGACUGCAAGAGCAUGAUCGAUCUGUGGAAGUGCAUCUACCCGCACUCCUGCAACUAAAGGAGUCAGGACUUGCGGGGACUGUUGAUGUCAGCUGGGCGUUGACGCGGCGGCGGCCUCACGCGGCGGAGGCAUGCCAUGGCUGAUACGCCAGUUGUAUUGCGUGAGUGGAACAGCUUACACGGUAUGUGUUGUUGUGGCUCGGCUUUUGUCUCGUUCAAUCACAUUGUUGUGUGUCUCGGGAAGCAUAGGGGAGCAGAGAAUGCAGGGUCGGAGGCAGGACUGCGUCGUGUGACGCGCGGUGGAAAUGAGGAAGGACUGCUAGUGACACGACCCGACGUAGAUGUGGGGCCAGUGCGUGUUUCGAUACCGAUUUUGCACGGGCUUCAUCAUCGCUGGCUACAGUUUUGACAAUCAGUGUGAUUGCAGGUAUUUAUAGAUAGGGAGUUUGUAGGAGACGAUUGAACUCAGUCCUUCUUCGCGAACCGGCUAACACGCUGCUGACUAUCAUGAUAAUGAUGUAACCACAUCUGUGAUAAGGAUUGCUUUGGGGAACAGAAUGGCCCGUGGGCAAACUGUGCUACUGCUGUUCGGAUUGCUUCUUUCAGUCGCCCGCUGGCCUCGAGGUUUGCUAGCAGCUACGGACAGGGACACAGCGUUUGAGACGGUAAGCGUACGAGCUCAA